AUGGACAGAAAAAAAAGCGGUGUAUGGAAUCACUAUUCGAUUAUUAACAGUGAAAAGGCUAAAUGUUCGUAUUGUUCGAGUUCGGUAUCAUAUAAAGGUGGGUCAACUUCAAAUUUGAGUAAACAUUUGAAACGGAAGCACAUAAUUCAAUACGAUAGUAGAAAACAUCCGCGUAUAAAUGAAAUUAAUGAACAAUAUGUUGAUGAACCAAGUUAG